UUGUUUUUGUCUCUUCAUCUCCUCUUAAGCUGCUUCCUUUUUUCAGUCCCACACACCUACUCAGUCUUUGCAUCUGCUUCACUUUCCUUUCCUUUUCUUGCUGCCUGACUUUGUUGCCAAAAUGUAUCGGAACCCGUGGAUUUCCAACUACCUGAGUCAUGUCAAGUUCUGCAGCCAAGGACUUGGCAGUGACCCCUCCAUCAGUGACCCCCCCAUCAGACUUGGUCGUCCCAGACUGCUCCAGAACAGAGCACUCAGCUUCCAGAAAGAAUUCUCAUUUGACGAAAAAGACGACCCAGCCAAAAGUACCAAGGAUAUAGAUGUUAGUCUGUUGGCCAAUCUCCCCAAAGUCUCUGAAUUGAGGAAACGAUUUGAAGGCAUCACGACAAGUGCCAGUGACUGGGAAAUGAACAGGAAGGAGCGUAUUGCUCGUCGGUUGGAGGGCAUCGAGGGCGAGGUGCACCCAUCUCUUUUGCCUAGUUUGGUGGCCAACCGGCUCCUGGAGGAGGAUAUGCCUCGAUACACCAGGGCCUCUGACCCCGGUGAGCCUUGUGGUAUGACAGUUCAACGGUAUGGAAUGGAGGGACUGGAAAACUCAGAAAUGCUGCUGACAUCUCCUGAGCGACAGCCAAGAAGCCGAUGCAGACCUGACCCUCAGACCUCCAUCCAUCUAGAACAGGUCUACCGGUCCAGCUCCAACACUAGUGCCCCAGAGAUGGAGUCCAAAGCUGAACGGAUUGCCCGUUACAAAGCGGAGCGGCGCCGGCAGCUGGCAGAGCGCUAUGGCAUCUCUUUGGAUCAGGAGCCAGAUUUGGAUUACUCUUCCCGCUACACUCGCCCACGGAAGGAGUCAGACAGCACCGAGAGGCGCCACCGAGCGGAUUCACUAGGAGAGGAAGGGAGAGCUAUUACCCUGAGCCCCUACACCUCCGACACCUCCAACACCUCCGCCACCAGCCCAAGGGCUGGACGCACAGCGGCCCAGCUCGGCCACUCUGAGCUCACCUCUGAAUCAGGCCGAUCUAGGGUCGACUCGUUCUCUGAGAGGGAGAGGCUGAUGAACCUGGAGAAUCAACGCAGAGCUGCGCCUCCUGAGCCACCGUCCUCCUCCUCAUACAUGGAUGUGGUAUCACUGUCCCCUUGUUCCAGGAUGUCCUCCAAGGACCACACGGUCACAGCGGUGCCGCCCAGUUCACCCAAACUGAGCAGGCCCCAUUCCCUGUCCUCCCCUAAACAUGGGGUUUCUCCUGGGGACCUGUUCAUGGAGCAGCAGGCCCACAGCAUCCUCAGCAGGCAGGGUGCAAGGGCCAAACUGAGCACUGAUUGGUUCCUGCAGACCGAUGCUGAGGGCGACACCCACUCCCUCAUCAACUGGCCGUCAAGAAUCAGAGUUAGGGAGAGGCUGGCCAGGGAGGAGGGCCGCCACAGAAGCCCUGAGCUGGGAACUGGUACCGAAGCCCCAGUGUACCGCAGACCGCUUCAGCACCCGGCAACACGGUACCACGCUGACCCACCAGGACCCCAGGGCCACUCACACCCCCUCCAGCCCCCCCAGGCUCAGGCCACCCGGUCUGGAUCAGCAGGAGGACAAGAGGGUGGUGGUUAUCCCAGUUACUUAUCCAUGACCUCUGGUCCCACAUUCAGAACUGGGCAACAGCAGAACCAAGAAGAAGACGACGAAGACUGCGAGGAUGUAAAGACUGAAGGCCUUCUGAGGAGCAGGAAAGCAGUGCUGCCCUCAGAGAUCUGCCGCAGGGAGAGGAUGUUUGAAGACCCUCACAGAGGGAUGGAUGGAGGAGGAGCAGGGGGUGUCCAGGUCCAGAGGACGGAUGGAGGAGGAGCAGGGGGCGUCCAGGUCCAGAGGACGAAUGGAGGAGGAGCAGGGGGCGUCCAGGUCCAGAGGACGAAUGGAGGAGGAGCAGGGGCGUCCAGGUCCAGAGGACGGAUGGAGGAGGAGCAGGGGGUGUCCAGGUCCAGAGGACGGAUGGAGGAGGUGCAGGGGGUGUCCAGGUCCCAGAGCUUCAGCCCAGCAGAGGACGCUUCCAGGGGACAUCUGCAGGCACCGGAGAACAGGCCCAGUUACAGCCAUAGAGGGGGGGCAGCUGGCACCAUCCAGGCCAGAGCUGCACCUGCAGACCCGUCCAGCACAGAUCCACCAGGGCCUGUUCACAGGAACCUGCAGAACCAAAUCCAGGAACACCAGCAGGUCAUGGAAGGGGACACCCUCAGGCCCCAGGACACCAGAGUGUGUGUGGCCCAGCUCCGACAGUCCUACAUGGAGAGCACCAGCACCCCCCCAACCAGCCGCAGGACCGGCACCCCCCCAACCAGCCACUGGACCCAACUGGACCAGGUCCUGGACCCAGUCCUUGCAUGGUUUUACCCUCCAGUGAAGCUGGGGGGGGGGCUUGGGUCCCCAUGGAGAGGGGAAAGGGACAGGGGACGCAAACCCAGGUAAUAUGUCAGUCCAGGAGAGAGUAGAAAGACCUGUGAGAGGUUUAGGACACAGACCACCACUACAGCUGAGCGUCAGGACACUGAAAGGUCCUGUGUCAGUUCGGACUUCGCUUCCACAGAGGCUGAUGAAGAAAAGCUGGAUGAUCGGGCCAAGCUGAGUGUAGCAGCCAAACGCUCCCUGUUCAAGGAACUGGAAAGGGGCGUGGAUGGCUCAGCCCCUAAGCCUCGGUCCAGGAACGCCGCCGUGGACCGGAGGCUCAGACGGACUCAGGACCGCUCCAGGACUCAGCCGGUCACAACCCAGGAGGUGGUCAUCGCUGCCACUCUGCAGGCCUCCUCCCAGCAGGCCUGGGAGGCUCAGAGCUCCAGGCAGCCUUCAGCCAUGGGAACACAGGACCCAGACCCAGAGCCUGAACCAGAGCCUGAACCAGAGCCUGAACCAGAACCAGAACCAGAGCCAGGGACUAGAGGAGCCGAUCUGUGCACCCUCAGCCUGGAGAAGAUGGCGCUGUUCAACCGCCUGGCCCAGCCUCCCUCCAGGGUCACCCUGACCAGGGGGGACAGUCGACAGCGCAGGACCAACGCCCGCUACCCAGACCCAGCCCAUUCACCCUGGGGUGACCUGCAGCAGUUCAUGUUCACGUCAGCCGUUUAUCCUGACGUGUCAGCGAGCAGGAUGUGUGGAUGCAUGACGAUGAUGAAUGCAUUUGAGCAAGGCAUGAAUGACGCCUUUAUGGAGAAGACCAGAACUAAAGCAGUUCCUGAUCAACAGAUACUUCAGAACGGGGGCUCUGGGCUGGGACGUGUCCCCUGUUCGUCAUCAGAAGGGACAGUGUCCACCCAACACGCUGGAGACAUCCAUAUAACCAGAGCAACCCCCACCCAUACCCACCCCCCCCAGCUCAGACGGGCCUGUGCCCCCUUCAACCUUGAGGUCCCAGGACUACCCCCAGAGCGGACAGGAGAGGAGGGUGAGUUCGACGAUGACGAGGAGGAGGAGGAGCUGAUGAGGCUGAUCAGAGGGAGAGGAGACAGAAGUGGACACAAGGUCCAGGAGGACAACAUCUGCCAGCAGGACAGGCCCCAGGGCCGGACCACCGCCUGGGGGAACACCGGACCACCGCUGAGACUCCAGUGUGGUAACAUCGAGGGCAGUGGGGUGUGUCGUCCUUCGGCAGCAGGCGUCCACGAAGACGAAGAGUGGGAGGAGGACUGGAGGAACAGGAUCAAUAAGAAGCAGGAUGUGAGUGAUGAGCACACUCAGCUUUGGGAGGCGGAGCCUAGUUUCACCAAGGAGCCGCUCUUUGCCUCUACUUUCUCUCCUCUUCCUCCUGAGCUCCUUUCCGUUCUUCCUCUGACGAUGCAUCCAGUCAGGUCCCCAGAUGUCCCAGACCUACACAGGUGGAGGACAGACACCCCUGGAGACGGAAGAAAACAUCUGAUUCUGAUGUGGACGUCAGCAGAUGGACGCCCACAUGUCCAUCCAGGACGGUCAGCAGAUGGACGCCCACAUGUCCAUCCAGGACAGUCAGCAGAUGGAUGCCCACAUGUCCAUCCAAGAUGGUCAGCAGAUGGACGCCCACAUGUCCAUCCAGACAGGAAGCAGCUGAUCGUGGCCCAAGAAGAGGCGUGGAAAUCCAAAGGCCACGGAGCCGCCAAUGACUCCGCCCAGUUCACUGUGGCCGCCCGCAUGGUCAAGAAAUGUCUGGCUCCUCCCUCUUCCCUCCUGUCGACAGUUCCGUCCAAACCCAAAGCCAACUGCCCUGCUGUCUUCAAACCACAGGAAGAGAUCAAAGCCAUCCCAGAUCUGAACCUGGAGUCGGACUUGAAACUGGAUAAACUGGAAUCAUUCCUUGGAAAGCUCAACAGUAAAGGGUGGAGAGAGCAGGGGGCGUGGCCAAGAGCAGGAGGCGUGGGCAGACCAGUAGGCGUGGGCAGACCAGGAGGCGUGGCCAACAUCAACCCAGAGCAGAGAUACUGA